UAGAAGACCUUGGUAGAAGCUCGCUCGUAUUAGAUCAUGUUACAUCGUCGGACUUGGACUAUUGUUUGAGUCUCUACCGUGUAUUGUUUAAAGAGUGUGAAAAGAAGCACAAGUCAUCACGGGUAUUUAGUUUUGUAAGCAUUUUUGGCAUAUAUAUUGCGUUAAGAUAAGACAAAUGCAGAAGAAAGAAGACGCCAAAGUUCAUCAAAUGAUCGAGAAAAAAGUAACGAUCACAGUGAAAUCUCACAGUAACGAGUAUCCAACAGUUUAUUGAUCGCAGUCGCUUUCGCGGUUAAAAUUCACUUUACUAAUCUGGACAAGAAUGAAACACGUGCACGUAUAGAAAUAAGAGGUAAUACUCGUUUAUAUAUCUCGAACGGAGUUCUUUGAUCAAAGAAAUAAUUGUUGGAUUUAAAUUGAUUCCUAACGAGAACACGAAAGACUAGGUAGUUUUGAAAGUGCAACGAACUUGCAUUUAUAAAGGGGCAUCGUCGUCAAUCAUUGUCCUCGUACGAAAAGCAAAAUGACCCUCUUCCGGAAGUACAAUGAAAAAAUACCUCGCCGGGGUAUUCUUGGAGCGAUGAUGUUUUUGGCCUGUAUGUUCUCAUAUGUAAUACGUACAAAUUUGUCUAUUACCAUUGUUGCUAUGGUAAAUGCGACUAGUAAAAAUGGUACUGUUGGUCCUAUUUGUACUGCAGACUCUCUUACGAGUAAUAAAACUAUUGAGCUAAAAGAUUACGGUGAACGUUACGAAUGGAAUCAGCAUGUACAAGGACUUUUACUUUCUGGAUAUUUUUAUGGUGUUUUACCAGCCAGUGUACCAGCUGGUCUUUUAGCUGAGAAGUAUGGAGGUUCUAAAGUGGUUGCAUUUGCUACAUUAAUUCCUGCAGUAUUAAAUCUCCUGAUGCCAUGGGCUUCCAGUAUUCACUAUGGCUUUGUUUUCAUGCUUCGUUUUAUGAUGGGAUUUUUUGGUGGUGCUGUUUAUCCUGCUCUUCAUGCAAUGAUUGCAAGAUGGGUACCACCUAGCGAAAAAGGAAUGUUUGUGUGGACUAUGCAAGGUGGACCUUUUGGUACGGUUGUAACAUUUUCUUUAUGUGGACAAGUAAUCAGUUCUUUUGGAUGGAAAGCAGCUUAUUACGUUACUAGUGGACUUAUGUUACUUUUUUAUGUUCUGUGGGUUUAUCUGAUAUAUGAUACACCUGAUGUUCAUCCAGGAAUAACUCAAAAAGAAAAGUCAUAUAUAAAAGAGCAAAUAGGUACUUCUAUAUCAAAACAAAAGGUGCCACUUCCUAUAAAAUCUGUUGUCACAUCGGUACCAUUCUUAGUUCUGUUGUGGGCUCACUUUGCAAAUAUGUGGGGCAUAUAUUUCAUUGCAACUAAUGGUCCAAAGUAUACUUUAGAAGUACUUGGAUUCAACAUGAAAUCGGGUGGCUUUCUUACAGGCUUACCUUACAUAGCUAGAUUAGGUGCUGGAGUAUUAUUUGCAGCUGCUGGUGAUUAUAUUCGAAGAAAAAAUAUUUUAACAUUAGAACUGAUUCGUAAAAUAUUUAUGCUAUUUUCACACAUGGGUCCAGCUAUUGCUUUGAUUAUUAUGACUUAUGCUGGUUGUGAUGCAACAACAGCAUUGGUGAUGUUGAUCUUGGCAUUGACUUUUAAUGGUGCCGCUUGUCAAACUAGUUUAGUAAAUCAUCAAGAUCUUGCACCGAAUUUUGCUGGUUCUUUGUAUGGUGUUAUGAAUACUUUUGGUAGUUUCCCUGGAUUUAUUAUCCCACCGAUUAUUGGUGCUUUAACCAACGAAAGGAAUGGAGUGGAAGAAUGGCGUAUUAUGUUCUGGUUAUCAGCAGGAGUAUUUGUUUCUGCAACAAUUCUAUUUUGGAUCUUUGGAUCUGCGCAAAUACAACCAUGGAAUGACUUGAGUCAUUCUAAACCUACAGAAAUAUUAGAAGAAGAAAAGCAAAUGACAGUAAUGGAAGUACCAGUGAAAGAAUUACAGACUGAGAAUGACGAGAAUGAACGUUUGUAGGAUAUUACAGAUAAUUUAAAAUUUAGAUCGAAAUGCUAAAUUACAUUUUUAUUAGGGAAGGUAAUUUUAAUUUCGUUUUAUCUCACCAUCUUUCUACUUCUUUUUUUUUUUAUAUAUAUAUAUAUAAAUAGAAAUACAUUUUCUGAUGACUGCUACAAUGCACAAUUUACUUAUAUGAAUUUUAACAGCAAUGAAUUUCAUUUAUUACAUCAUUUUUUCAAGAUAUUGUUAUGAUUUUCUAUUAUUAUUUUCAAUUUUCAUUCGCUAAUAAUUAAGCAUUUUAUUUCGAUAAGAAUAUCUUACAAAGAGAUUUACUUACUACAAUAAUUUUUACUCUUAUAUUUUAUCUGACCAAAAAUAUUAAUAGCAUACCAAUAUAGAUUUUAUAUAUAUAUAUUAUAUAUAUGGACUUUUAUAUAUAAUUAUAAAUUAAUACUAUAAGCAUGCUUAUUUAUAAGUAUUUAUAAAAUUAUAUUUUCUUAUUAAUUUAUAUGUGAUGAUCUUUGAACUACUUAAUGACUACCAAAAAGUAAGAAUCUUUGGUACUUUUUGCAUACGCGUAUUAAUUAAAUGACUAACAUUUCUUGCCAUAAAUAAUUAUAAAACUUUUGAAAAAUUAUAUUACUUACAGUUUAGAAGAUAUGUGUGAUCUAUUGUAAAGGUGACAAUAUUGUACGCUUAUAAAUAUCUUGAUAUCUAAUUUAUCGAUUUUAUAAUUUUACAAAUAAUUUAUUCACAGGAUAUACAUGAAUACAAAACUUCCAGAAAUUUUAUAUGUUUUGAAAAAACAAAGCUAGCAAUAAUAGAUUUGACAUGUCUGCCAUAGAGUGAACUGUACAUUACAU